UGCCACUCUAGCAGAUGAGUGUGUGCUGAUACUUAAAGAAAAGUUUGUGAGGACCUGUUUCAACUGUUGCCACCACUGAGGCUGUUGGCCCGCCCACUGAGUUGUCAUGGUCUGGGCCUGCAGAGUUGGAUGGUGCUCGGGCUCGUGGUCCAAGCAGGCUUUUUUGAAAAUGACAAGAAGGCUCAAGAAAAAGGACCCAAAAAAGAACUGUGGUUUCACUGCUUCUGCAUUUCCGAAAUUACUGACUGAAGAGCGUCAAAAAUGGAUUGGCUGUGUCUUAUUGGUUUGAUAUAUUUGUUUGGACGAUGCAACGGAAACUUUUUAAUGAUAUAUAAAGAGAAAGAGGAAGCAAUCCUACUCUCAUGUAAAAGAGAUGGCUGGCAAAUGGACUUGGACCAAGACAACACAAUUGAUUGUUACAGCAAUGCUACCAAAAAUAUUUUAGAAUGUGAGAAUGGCCCAUCAAAACUGAAGAAAGUCACUAGUGGAUUCUUUGCAUGUGUGUAUUUAAGUGCUGAGGAACAAACUCCACCAUGGCUUUUUCCUUUCAAACCAAAACACCAAGUGGAUUUCUACAUUGUGGCUCUUAUUGAACCAAACUUAACAUCUGCUGGGACAAUUACAAAUUCUGUUUUCAAAAUACCCGGAGAGACAGUCCACCUGCCCUGUAAUCUCACCAUGCCUACAAAACAGUCCUACAAUUUGUUCUGGAUCAAGACCAAUACAGAAAUGAACUCCUCAUGUCUUCAUUCUUAUUCAUUGGAUUACGAUCUUAGUUCACGUUAUGACUUCCACUGUCUCAUUGAUGACAACCUGGGUCAAAGACUGUCAAAUAUUACAUCUAUACCAUCUGAGUCUCAAUAUUUUAGUCAUCUUACAAUCAGAAAUGUCACACCUGCUGACAGUGGACAGUAUGAGUGUGUGUUGCAGGUGAGUAAGAAGUGGAAGGUGAUAACUAAUAUCACAGUGACUGUGGAUAUGAAGGACAUCAUAAUACAAACAUCAGAUAGAACACCAAUAGUGCCUAAAUCAGAUGAGAACCGUCUCAUUGUGCUCUAUGUGAUGAGUGCCCUGGUCCUCGUCUGCCUGCUCAUAACUACCUGUGUCAUUCUUGUAAGGAAAACAGAAUGGUUGUCAAAGGGAUCUCAAAGUAUGGGGAUAAAAAGAAACCAAAAUGGAGAAGACACUCUCAACUCAGAGUGCUCACCAUACGAGGUGGGAUGGAGAGAUGAAGAAAUCUACUCACUUGCAAAUCUGCCCGAAGGAAGAGAUAAUUUAGUUUCUGCACAGAGUGAGGAUAAAGAAGCUGUAGAGCUGAACCCCACAAUGGUCAACAACACUUUAUAUGAAGCUUCAGCCCAUAUGGACACGGAGACAACCUCAGGACUGGAGCCUCCGUAUGAGUCAGUAACUUAAAUGAAAGAGAGGCAUGUUACACUGAAUAUGUUUUGCUCACUCAUAAUACUCCCACAAUGCAAGGGUACUUAAUGGAUGGUCCAAGUGAUCACUUUUAGUAAAAAGGCGUAUAGAAGCUGCAAUACUGCUAGAUCUAAUACUCUCUGUUUUGUUUGUGCUAGCAUGUACUGUUUUAAGUGUAAAAAAUGUUGUGGAACAAAUCAUUUGCCACAAAGUCACUUUCAAAGUCAACUUUUUUUCUGGCCCUGGGGAUGCAGUGAUGACUUACUGUUAUGUGGAUUUUCUGUAUUGUACAGUGACAGAAUCUUUACUUAAUUUUCUUUGAUGUUAUUGUAAAUAUCUUUGUCUUUUGUUGCUGCCUUCUUAUUCUGUGAAUUAUAAAUACAUUAAUAAUAAGUUGCUCAAAUGUAUGCUCUAAGUAUUAUCCCUUUACUGUAAUGUUAGUUUGUCAAUGUUAAUCAUGCAACUACAGCAGUGUUCUGCUGCCACACCAGAAAAAGAAAAACGGAUCAGUAUCACGUUAUAUCAUGAUAUGUUUCUUGUUAUAACAAGAUGUUUAUCAUGUUAUAACAAGUUAUUUUCACGUUAUAAUGUGAUGCAAGGGUAUCACGUUAUAACAAGAAACAUAUUUAUCGCGUUAUAACAUGAUAUUGAUCUGUUUUUCUUUUUCUGGUUUGGCAGCAAUACACUGUCGUACAGCAGUGCUGUAAAAAAAGAGAGAUAAAAAAGGAAUAACUAAAUGCUUUCCCCCUCUUCUUAGUAGUAUUUACAUCAGUUAGGCCGUUUCCAAAAUCUGGAGUCAGACCCUUAAUGGAGUUAGAUUUUCAUGAUUUUACAUUCAGAAAUACCUGCUUGCAAUCGACAGUAUAACUGUGUCUUGCAGGGGGAGGGAUAACUAUCACAGUCACUGUGACUAUGAAGGAGAUAAUCAUGCCAAAAAGGUGAAACUCCCAGAAUUAACAUCGCCCUGGUUCCCUCCAAACCUCAACCCUCCUUCAAGCUUCAAGCUCCUCAGUUUAAAGCAAAGGCCCCUGAUGGAUCUUGGUUAUAUUGCAACCAUAGGGGCAAUACUAAUAGUGGCCCCUAGCUAAUUUGAGUUUGUGUGCAUAAUAGCCUACAUUAAUUUGUAAAUCUGCCUGAAUUGAUAGAUCCCAUUUCCAAGGAGAUGAUAAACAACACCCAGCAUACUUUUUAGACACUUCAACCCCAAUGGAACAACUUGAUUAUUUAAUCAAGAGCUUUUGUUUUGUAGGACUAAUUUCACAAUGCUACAAGUGCUCACUGGAUGGUGCUAGAGAUCAGUCUUUGAACAGCAAGUGUUUAUAUUUUAGUUAUUGCUACUUCAUAGUAUAGUUUGUUUCUACUAUACUCUUCUACAGACUUGCCUGUUGCCUAUGUAGCCUGAGCUUUGAUUUUUAAUUUAACAAAGGUAAAAGUACUCACUGGAUGGUAGGCUACCAGUGAUCAGUAGGCUAUUUCAAGUAGGCUACUUAAAAAGUUUUGAUGAAGUUACUUGCAUCGAUUGUGUAUUAUGAACAAAAGUAACUUUCACAAUAGU